GCUCAUCCCAGGCCCGCCCGGGGGACGAGGGCAGGGAGGAGUUGGCUGCCCCGGGGCCCUGCGGGGGGACGGCGCGUGCAAACAUGCUGGGGACCAUCACCAUCACAGUUGGACAGAGAGAGUCUGAAGAUGUAGGUGAAAAGGAUUCAGCUAAAGAAAUGGCUGCCAACGCAGACGUUGUUCAAGACACCGCCGAGGAUGGGCAGGAGGAUUUACCAGAAAUCAUUGAGCAGGUUCCUUCUUCUGAAAGUAAUUUAGACGAGUUAACACAACCUACAGAGUCCCAGUCUAAUGAUGUCGGGUUUAAGAAGGUAUUUAAGUUUGUUGGCUUUAAAUUCACCGUGAAAAAGGAUAAAUCCGAGAAGUCCGACGCUGUCCAACUGCUCACUGUCAAGAAGGAUGAAGCAGAGGGAGAGGAAGGCUCCCGGGGGGCUGGCGACCAUCAGGAGGCCAGCCUGGAGGCCGGAGGAGAAGCAGCUCCCAAGGACCGCGAACGGAAAGCGCCUCUCGAGAACGCUGAAGACACCGUGAAAAGCGAGCAGCAGAGCGAGGACAAGGAGGCCCGGCCCAACGCCGAGGCGGACUCCGCCGCAGAGGAAAGCAAGGAAGGAGGAGACGAAAGGCGCGAGAACGAGGCCAGCAAAGCUCCAGAAUCUCCCACCAGCCCCACCGCCAAUGAGACGGCAUCGCCUUUCAAAAAGUUCUUCACUCAAGGUUGGGCGGGCUGGAGGAAGAAGACCAGUUUCCGGAAGCCGAAGGAGGACGAAGUGGAAGCUGCUGAGAAGAAGAAGGAACAAGAAGCAGGAAAAGUAGCCCCUGAAGAGAACGGGAAGGCAGAGGCUACCGCAGAGCAACCCCAGGCUUCUGAGCAGCCACCCGCCCAGGAGGAGAGGGGCAGUGUGCACGAUGCCCGAUUAUCCGCCGAGUAUGAGAAGAUAGAGCUGCCCUGCGAUGAGCAGGCUGAUGGAGUCCGGGGACCAUCUGAAGAGAGAGCCGCUCCUCUAGCCACUGAAGUGUUUGAUAAAAAAGUUGAGAUCGUUGCAGAAGUCCAUGCCAGGACCGAGGAGCAGAAAACGGGGGCAGACGAAGCAGUAGCGUCCUUGCCCCCUGAGAAAUCUGCCGAAACAACCGCCCAGGUGCAGGCUGCUGAGCCAGCCGAGGAAGUAGUGGUCAUGACCAGAGAAGCCUCUGUCCCUGGAGAGGACCAAGCCCAACCAACUGAACUAAGUCCCGAAGAAAAGGCGUCCUCUCAACCCCCAGAGGGCAUCGUGAGCGAGGUGGAACUGCUGUCUACCCAAGAGAGAACAAAGGUGCAGGGAAGCCCUUUAAAGAAACUUUUCAGUAGCACGGGCUUAAAAAAGCUCUCUGGAAAGAAGCAGAAAGGGAAACGAGGCGCGCCAGCAGGCGAGGAGGAGCCGGGAGAGCCCAGUCACAUCCCCCCCGCUGAGUCCCCGGACAGUACCGAUGACCAGAAGGGCGAGAGCUCUGCUUCAUCGCCGGAAGAACCCGAGGAGAUAACCUGUCUGGAGAAAGGCAUCGCAGACGCACCAGCGGAUGGGGACGCGGAAGAAGGCGCUACCUCCGAUGGGGAGAAGAAAAGAGAAGGGGUUACCCCCUGGGCAUCUUUCAAAAAGAUGGUGACACCCAAGAAGCGGGUGAGAAGGCCUUCAGAAAGUGAUAAGGAAGACGAACCGGAGAAGACCAAGAGUGCCACCUUGUCUUCCACCGAGAGCGCAGCCUCUGAGGUGCAAGAGGACGUCAAAGCCAGUGCAGAGGAGCAGAGGCCAGAGGAACCAAAGCGCAAGGUCGACACUUCGGUCUCGUGGGAAGCUUUAAUUUGUGUGGGAUCUUCCAAGAAGAGGGCGAGAAAGGCAUCCUCUUCUGAUGACGAAGGGGGCCCCCAAACAAUGGCAGGAGACAUCCCCAAACCAGAGGAAGCCGGAAAAGACAAAGAGCCAGGGACAGACCCUAUCCCUGCCAUCCCCCCAGAACACGAUCACGGGCCUGGAAGCUCUUCCCCAGAGCAAGCAGGAAGCCCUUCAGAAGGCGAGGGCGUGUCCACCUGGGAGUCAUUUAAAAGAUUAGUCACUGCAAGGAAAAAGUCCAAGUCCAAACUGGAGGAGAAAAACGAAGACUCCCUGCCCGGGACUGGGGCAGAGCCCUCAGCUUCCGACGUCGAACUCGGGAAGGAAGAGUCCUGGGUGUCGAUUAAGAAAUUCAUUCCUGGACGAAAGAAGAAAAGAUUGGAUGGGAAACAAGAACAAGCCACUCUUGAGGACACAGGCCCAGCAGAGGUCAACGAAGAGGAUUCUGACGUCCCCGCUGUAGUGCCCCUGUCAGAGUACGAUGCUGUCGAACGGGAGAAAAUCGAAGCACAGCAAGCCCAAAAGAGGGCAGAGAAGCCUGCGCCAGAGGCGCCUGUGUACGUGUCAGAGGAGCUCAGUAAGAGUCUGGUUCACACGGUGGCGGUGACUGUUAUUGAUGGGACCCGGGCAGUCACCAGCAUGGAAGAGAGAUCUCCUUCGUGGAUAUCUGCAUCAGUGACUGACCAGCCCGAGCAAGGAGAAGACACAGCCAAACGGUCAGGAGAGGAGAGAGAGGAAGGAGAAGCUAUUGCAGAAGUCCCCACCGGUACCAAAACGUUGCCAGAGAGCAAAGAAGCCAGGGCUGACAUGGUGGCUAGUGAGAUGGCAUUGACUUCCGGAGCUGUAACAGCUGCAGAAACAACGGAGGCAUUUGGUGCCGAAGAAGCUACCGAAGCUUCCGGUGCGGAGGAGACCACAGAGAUGGUUUCAGCCGUUUCCCAGUUGACCGACACUCCCGACACCACCGAGGAAGCCACCCCCGUUCAGGAAGUGGAAGGAGAUGUACUGGACCUAGAAGGCCUAGGAAGAAGAACUCAAGCGGUCCUACAGGCAGUGGCAGAAAAGGUUAGGGAAGAAUCACAGCUGCCCGACUCCCUUGGCCCAGAAGACCCAAGCCAGGCCACCCAGAAGGCAGCAUCAAAAAUACUAGAGAAGGUGGAAGAAGCAGAAGAGGAAUCCACGGGGCUAGAUGUGACAGAAGAGAUGGACUCUGGGUUACAAGUGCAGGUGCAAGAAACUAAAACGGAAGAUGUCCAAGGGAAGCUAACUGUGCAGACCACACCAGAACGCCCCCCAAAGGGGCCUGAAGCCCCCGAGAGUGUGGAGUGCAGUGGGCUUGAAAGCCCUCCCGCAGUGGAAACCUCAGGUGAGGUCAAGUCACAGGAGAUUACCAGGGGACAGGCUAUUACCCCCGACUCAGUGGAAACCCUCAGUGACAGUGAGCCCACUGGAAGCGCCCCAGUAGCAGAAUUUGAGACUCUGAACGCAGCACAGCCAGACCAGGUGGGAGAAAUCCAUGACGGUGGCGAGGUGGUGCCUCACGCACAAUCAGAACCCACCGAAGCAGAGGCCGGCCCUGUGCAGAAAGAGGGGCGUCUCUUCCCUCCCAGCUGUCAAUCCCAGGAAGAUGGUAAGGACUCAUGCAGACCGGAAGAAGUCCUGGAGCAAGCAGAUAAAGAGGCGUCUGUGGAAACUGUAGCCACUCUUUCCAAGACCGAAGUGAUUUCAGAGGCAGAUGACCGUGCCGAUGAGAAGACCAAAGACACACCCUUGGCCGACGGAGUAGAAGGGUCUACAGACACAGAGAGAAUGGCCAGUCAGAACCAGAUAGCAGAAGGCGAGCCCAAAGACAAAGUUACUCCAGCAGCCGAAUCCGAAGAGAACGCUCUGUGCGCUGAUAGCCUUGAGGUCCAGCCUCUCUCUUCCCCAGUGCAGAGCGAGACGCGAGUUCAGGCAGAAGGGGAGAAGAUCGAGACACCACCAGCCCAAGCAAACGGAGAGAAGCUUGAGCAAACACCAGCUAGAACCGUGCAGGCAGCUCCAACAGUUACUGGGACUGUUGUAGACGGAGAAAAUGAAGUUGCCGGUGUGGGAGGAAGCGCCCCGUGCCUUGUUUCCGAGGAGACCGUGUCCACAGAAGUCCAGGUUCAAAGCUCUGAUGCACCACUAACCCCACCCGUCACAGCCGCAGAGGACAGGGUCAUCGGAGCAACAAUCGAGAUUGUUGAAGCGGGAGCCGAGACUUUGCAGUCUGCAGAGAAACCCUUUGCACCUGAAGAGAAACCCUCCGACGAAGAUCAAGACUCCACUGCUCGGGCCUCCAAAGAUGCAAUGCCCCCAGGGACCGGAGCUCCUGCUGAAGCCGGACCAGACACAGUAUGCGCUGACCCGGACAGAGAUCAGACCACUCCACAGGAACAGAUGGCAGAUAAAGACCCUGGACAGGUUGUUAGUCAGGAAGUCAAAGGGAACAUGCUAGGGGAGGAGGAUUCAAGGGCUGGAAGCGAGGUUUUGGCCUUUGAGAGUGAGAGCGGUCACCUGGUCCAUAACGUGAUUGAGAUCGCCGUCGGCCAGUUCGUGAGCUCAGCAGCAGCCAGCCCCGAACUGCAUCCUGCUGGCUCGGAGCCACAGGCCCAAGGGGACAAAGCUGACCACCCAGACGCUGAAAAAGAAGACCGUGAGCCCCUCGCUUCUGCCCAGGAUGAAACACAGUCGACUGCACCCAAAGACGAGCCAGAGGCAGCCACGCCCUCUAGCGUUUCCACAGAUCAGAGUGACGGGGCAGAAACGAUUGUUGCUGUCGAGGGGGAAGGUUCCGGUGCAAAGGGCCCAGAGCAGCUUGAAGGGGCCGCCCUCCCAUCAGAUGCCAAGAGCGAUGUAGCUGGAACACGGUCUGUGCCAGAAGAUGCUGAGGGCGCCACAUCUGAGCCGGGAGGGAAAACAGAAGAGUCACUGCUGGAAUCCGAAGGGGCUGAAAAAGGAGCCGCUGUUGAGACUCAGGACCCGGUCCCACGAGGUACCGACGCCUCGGGAGACCUGCGCAGAGGGACCCCAGACACGAAUGGACCCAAACUGAACAAGGAGGAAGAGGAGGACGGUCAAGGAGAAGAAUUUCAGAAAGGCCCCGUGCAGAGCGCAUCAGAAAAAGAGACCAAAACCCAACCGCAGGAAGAAACGCAGAAGCCAGAGAGGGAGGCCGAGAAACCCGACGAACUUCCGGAAUCCACCGACAUCGUCUAAACUCUUGACAUCUGCAAGACCAGACUGUGAAGCCAAGCAACAGAAGAAGGAAAAAUGAAUGCUGCUGCCGAAACUCAAGACCUAUAUUCCAGAACUCUGAGAUCCUAGGACCAGGCCUGAGGAGACCCCCGACAACCCCGAGGCUUCCUCGGGCGCGUGCUUGCCCUGCCUCUUUCCCUUGCCACCAUAGAACGUGUUUUACUUUGAAGUGCCCAACGCUUCACCUGGAACUGGAGUUGGCAAUACUUAGUUCUCCUGCUCCACUGGAGCUCGUUCUCUGUGUAUUUAUAUGUCGGUCCUACGUAAUCUUUCGGUAUCGAGUGUAUAUUUUUUCUUCAUGUGUAAGUCAAUGCACACAAUAGUUACCCCCCUUUUUGUAUACCACGAGACCCCACAGGGAAGCCGUGGACAGCUUCCAGCCUCAGUUCUAACCUGGUCAAACAGCUUCCAGAACAAACGUGCCCAACCAGAAGGUGUCAUUUUCACUUGAGGCGCUGCACCAGUGAUUAGGGCACGAGCCUGAAAUCAGCCGCUCUUCCCAUCCUGUGCAGUGUGCACCAAAACCCCCAAAGCCUCUUGGAGACAGACCAAAAGCCCAAUGGUUGCUGGGGAGAUGCUUCCUUCGGAGCCCCGGGUGGCUGGAGGGAAGCGGGUUCCGUCUGAGCCUUUUCUCCUGGCUGUGGUAGCGUGGCUUGAACGUGCGCACCCCGUCCUGAGACAGUAGGUGGAAUGUUUUCAUCUUACAAAGAAAAAGAAUGGACUGUUCAGUUUUUGACUCCACUCCUAUCUGCUGGGCCCUGUGCACACAUGUAGCCUGACAUAGGGCCAGUUCUUUCCAAAUAGUAUUUUGCUAGACUGGAUGUCUGUGCCAUAUUUGUGCCCACUCUUUUUAAGAGCAAUGUUGCAUUAUGUUCAUUUGGAUACCUUGUGAUUUGACAAAUGGUUUAAAUAAAGUUUUUGCUUCACUUA